AGUGCCACCUAUUUGUUGUGUUUUUACGUUUUGUCUUUGCAAAUGCAACAAAAAAAGUGUGUAAAAACACAAAAUUAAUCUUAUAAAUGUUUUGGUCGCUAGAGCAGGUUGAGGGCAUGUUAGGUGUCCUCAAAACAUCCACAGACAAAACUGUAAUAUACAAAUGCCUAGUGAAGCUGCGCACCGAUUUGGUAAAAGACAAAGAUGGUAUUGUGUUGUUUCGUACUGCUGGGGGUGUUCCGGUAAUGGUUCGCCUGAUUAGUAAACUCAACGAAAAGAUAAUGGAAGUAGUGCUCAGCAUAUUGGGCAACUGCUGCACAGACGAGCAGUCUUGUAUAGAGGCUGUUGAGUACAAAGUGAUUUUGCCAUUGUUGACCAUCUUGAAGACUAUACCCAAUCCUUUGAUCCAAUGUCGCGCCUGUCGCAUGCUCGGCAAUCUGGCCAAGAGCAAAAAGGCCUCUCAGUGCUUAAAUGUUCAUUAUAGCGCAAUAGCACCAGCUAUCUGUCACAUUAUCGAAUCGACGAGUGCGGUGCAAACAAGGAUAAUGGCAUUUCGGGUGUGUCGCUUUCUGCUGGUCAGCAGUCAGUUCUACAAGCAUUUCCUUGCCUCCAAUGGAUUUCUCCAGCUCAUGCGCAUUUUCAUGGCGGUCAUGAAGAAUAACGAGGCGCCCAAGGAGCCCACGCAGGACAUCGAAGUGUCCGCUCUGAUUGGACUCAAACGCAAUCAGCAUCGGGAGAAGUAUUUCGAGGAAGUGGCACGCAAUUUGGAAGGCGUGCGAAGCGACAUUUUCGAUUAUCAGAUGCUAAAGAACUCGACCCGCAACAAUGAGUAUAUCAUGCCUAAGGAGAACGAGGCUGUGGAACUGGCAUCGGAGAUUCUGAAGUGUCUGCUCCUAUUAUCCACUCAGCAAAUUGGGGUGCGUGCGUGGGAGACGCUUUCCCGCAACAGUUCCUUUGCCUCCAUCGUGUACUUUGUGAAAGAGGACAACGAGCAACGCGCUACUGCGCUCAAGAUACUUUCCAAUUUCUGCAAGGAUCCCUGCGCCUUCUAUAUGUUGAGCACAGCGGAUGCCAUUGUGGCUGCUUGUGAGCUACUCAUGGCUGUCAACAUGUCCAAGCCGCUGUCAGAGAGCGAGUGCCGGCAUUGCGUCAACAUUAUAUCCACGCUUUCGGCGGAUGCCUGCAGUCGCUCCAAGAUUCGACGAUGCGGCGCCUUGCGCAAACUUGUGGCCAUGAUUCGGGAGUCACAUUCGCAAAGCGAACGCUCUUCACUGUUUCACAUCUUGAAUAACUUUCAAUAUGAUAACAUUAGCAUGGAAUUGCUGCUCUAUGAGGGCUUGGUGCCCAUGCUGGUGCGUGAGCUGAAUGACUAUUUGACCAGCGAUGAGGAUCAUCAUAGGCGACGGCGCGAGGAGCGUAUGCAGGGCGGAAAGAAACGCAAAUUGACGGAUCCCACAACGCCCGAGACGCUGAGCAAGUUUUCUAAGACGCAGGACACGCUUAACUCGGACUUUGAAUCGCCUAGCAGUUCACCGCGUUCCUAUCGCACCACCAGUCCUUGCAGCUCACGCAGCAUGUCGCCCGUUUGCUCGAAUCUCAUUGCCAAUGACGAUGAUGAAAACUAUUCACCUGCCUGCAGUGAUGAUGACGACGAUGACGAUGAUAUCAAGACGACGACAACCAAUAAUGAUACACGUGAAUCGCGCAUAGCUACAAAUCGGGCACAGCCCGCCAAUGUCAUGGACAUAUUGAAGCUAAUUGAUGAGGGCAGCGAAACUAUUGACGAUACCUUGUCCGACAAGGAGGAUCUUGAAGAGCUGAGCUCUGAUGUGCCGCCCAAGCUGGCGCAGUUGCGCAAUCAGUCCGGAGACACUAUUGACAUAAUUGAGAAUCUGAUUUAUCGAAUUACGCUAAUGAUUAACAAGCGGCCGGAGUUGGGCAAACCGGAAACAUUGGACACGCUCAUCAGAGCUAUCAAUAUAUUUGGUGCGAAUAAUAAUUUUGCCAAUGCGCUGACCAACAUAUUGCUUGAAAGCCAGUUCUUUGCCCAGAUUAUCAAGCAUGGCGUUGUCCAUCAGCUCUAUCAACUCACCAAGGUGGAGGAGAUGCGCAAAGAUGGCUUUGCUUUUCUAGAAACGCUGACGAAUGUCGGCGAAUCCAAUUACGGCAAGGAGGAGCUAGUGCGUCUGCUACGCUCCGAGGCCGAUCUGAAUGCCCAGCAGCGGGCGGCUAUUUCGGUGGCCUACAUCAUCAAGAGCCAUCGGCUGCUAUAUCAGUUCCUCUAUGAUGGAAAUGCGCUGACGCUGCUCUUCGACAUGUUGCUGCGUAAGAAGAGCGACAACCUGUAUGCGGAUGAGGCUGCUGAUGCUGUCACUGCCAUGUCACGCUUUACGUUGGGCAUCACACUACCCGAGUUCGAUGUGGAGGAGGAUAACAGCACCACCAUCUGUUCCAAUCAGCUGAAAGCCUCGACUACGCCGCUGCAUGACAAUUGUGACAUGCGUUUUCUGGUCCACAGUGAUGUGGCAGCUGUCGGAGAAGCAGACGAAGCGCUGCUCAGUAUUGGCUUUAACAAGCAGUUGCUCUGUGAUACCAGCGAGGUCUUCAACAAGAUGCUUAACAGCGACUUUCGUGAGGGCCACAAGGGAGAGAUACAGCUGUGUGAUUAUACGGCCAACGGUUUGCGCUACUUUCUGCAUUUGAUUAGCUGCCAUGCACGGCAUUUGAGUAUGCCUGAUUAUGCGGCCUUGUUGCAGGCCUUUGAGAUGUCGCGUGUCUACAUAAUUCCUGAACUGGAGAAGUUGCUGUACGAACGUCUCAUCGAAUUCCUUGACUCACACAACUGCCUGCGUCUGCUGGAAUGGGCGUUAAAGAACUAUCAUGCCGAGCUCACAGAGACGGCCAUCAGUUACUAUUUGUGCGCCACAUUAUCGUCGUCAGAUAAGUUGCUGCUGUUUCGCGCUGCCGAAGAUUCUACCUAUGCCACCGAAUGGUUCCAACUGCUCAACGAUGCGGUCUACGAACGUUGUCGCAGCACUGGCUAUUAA